CCCCCCCCCUCCACUUUUGUACCUUUCUCGCCGGGACAGAGAAGUGGGCCGGGACCAGCCGGGCCAGACCAGACUGGACCCCAGGGGCGAUGCGGCUACUGCCCCUGCUGCGGACUGUCCUCUGGGCCGCGCUGCUCGGCUCGCGCCUGCGGGGGUGCUCCAGCCUCCGCCACCCUAUCUACUGGAACUCCUCUAACCCCAGACUGCUUCGAGGAGAUGCCGUGGUGGAGCUGGGCCUCAACGAUUACCUAGACAUCUUCUGCCCGCAUUAUGAAAGCCCAGGGCCCCCAGAGGGCCCAGAAACCUUUGCUUUAUACAUGGUGGACUGGUCAGGCUACGAGGCCUGCAAGGCGGAGGGGCCAAAUGUCUUCCAGCGCUGGAAGUGCUCGCUGCCCUUUGCCCCCUUUGGCCCCGUUCGAUUCUCAGAAAAGAUCCAGCGCUUCACACCUUUCUCCCUGGGCUUCGAGUUCUUGCCUGGAGAGACUUACUAUUACAUCUCGGUGCCAACUCCGGAGAGUUCUGGCCAUUGCUUGAGACUCCAAGUGUCUGUCUGCUGCAAGGAGAGCAGGUCAGAGUCAGCCCACCCUGUUGGGAGCCCCGGAGAGAGCGGCACCUCUGGGUGGCGAGGGGGGCAUGCUCCCAGCCCCCUAUGCCUCUUACUGCUGCUGCUGCUGCCGAUUCUUCGUCUCCUGCGAGUUCUAUGAACCGAGUAAACCUUCCCAGGCAACCCCCCCCCCCCAGGAACCAGAGCCCUCCCC